AUGGAUAACACAGAUUUAAAAAAAUUAAUUUAUGAUUUAGUACUUAAUCAAAAUUUUCUUGAUUAUUAUGAUUUAAAAGCAUAUCUCCAAAAAUAUGAUAAAAAUAUAACGGGUGAUGAUAUGGAAUAUUAUUAUCCAUAUUAUAAAAAUGAAAUUUUGAAAUAUCAUGAUAGAAUAAUUUCUGAAAUUAAAGACAAAAUUAAAAAUAAUGAAUAUACAAAGGGAAAAACUAAAUCACAACUUAAACAGUUGAAAGAUUUCAAAAAUAAAGUAUUAACAGAAGAAGAUAUUGAUGAAUUAUAUAAAUUAUAUAAUCCUGAGCCGCAAAAGCCAAAGGAACAAAAACAAAAGGAACAAAACACCCAGGUCCUUCAGACCAUAAAUGAUGCACAAGCUUUAAUUUAUGAUUCAUUAGUUAAACCAUAUUCAGCCCGACUUUUAAAUGA